CCGUCCCGCGGAGUCUGCUGUUUAAACUCGGGAGAGUGAUUUCUUCUAAGUGGCCGGUGCAGAUUUGGUUCUCUGUGCAACGUAGCAGUGUGCCCCUGACUGUUCGUGCUUGCGUUUUCAGUUCAGGAGAAUUUAACAUUGUUGGCUGUGCGAAUGCUUUUUGCACAUUUCGCUCCGUUAUCUGCGGUGACAGUGGGGAGAAUCACCCUCGACGUGGACGUGGUCAGUUGGCGUGUCCAGACUUGGAGUGACGGCCGUGCAGUCCUAUGAUUCCUCCUAAACAUUUCUGCACUGGCCCCUUUUCUAACAAACUACACCGCUAACUUUGGUUAUUUCGUGACCUCUUUACAACUUCGUCGGAACUUGAAGACACCCGGGGUUCAAGAUGUCUGUAGCGGGCUUGAAGAAACAGUUUUAUAAAGCCAGCCAGAUGGUAAGUGAGAAAGUCGGAGGAGCGGAAGGAACUAAACUAGAUGAUGACUUCAGAGACUUGGAACGGAAAGUAGAUGUGACCAGUAAAGCAGUAGUGGAGGUAAUCUCCAAAACAUCAGAGUACCUUCAGCCCAACCCAGCAUCUCGGGCCAAACUGUCCAUGUUGAACACCAUGUCUAAGAUUCGUGGUCAGGUGAAGAACCCAGGCUAUCCUCAGGCUGAAGGGCUGCUAGGGGAGUGUAUGGCCAAGUAUGGGCGGGAUCUGGGAGAGGAGACUAACUUUGGCGGCGCGCUAGUCGAUGUAGGAGAGUCCAUGAAGAGAUUGGCAGAAGUCAAAGACUCUCUCGACAUUGACGUCAAACAGAACUUCAUUGAUCCAUUGCAAGGGCUCUGUGACAAGGACCUCAGAGAGAUACAGCACCACCUCAAGAAGCUUGAAGGCCGUCGCCUGGAUUAUGACUACAAGAAAAAGCGUCAGGGCAAGAUCCCAGAUGAGGAGGUCCGACAGGCCCUGGAGAAGUUUCAUGAGUCAAAGGAAGUGGCCGAGACCAGCAUGUACAAUCUGCUGGAGACUGAUAUCGAGCAGGUGAGCCAGCUCUCUUCUCUGGUGGAGUCCCAACUGCAGUACCACAGACAGGCCGUACAGGUGCUGGACGAGCUUUCUGACAAACUCAGAGACAGGAUGAAUGAGGCUCAGUCUCGACCAAGACGUGAAUACACACCCAAACCAAAACCUAUCUUUGACUAUGGAGACAACAACCAUUCAAACGGUGGCUACUCAACCUCCGUGGCCCCUACACCUUCAUGUAACUCUGAGCCAUCUUUUCACUUGGCCAGGUUGUCCUUUCGGAAACACAGAUUGUCCCUAGAGCAGCCGAGCUGUAAGGCGCUGUAUGACUUUGAGCCGGAGAACGAGGGAGAGCUGGGAUUCCACGAGGGCGAUAUCAUCACCCUGACCAAUCAGAUCGACGAGAACUGGUACGAGGGCAUGCUGAACGGCCAGUCGGGAUUCUUCCCUCUCAACUACGUCGAGGUCCUCAUUCCGUUGCCACACUAAUACAAAGAGAGCAAGACAGCUGAGAGGAGGCUGACGGAGAGGAAAAAGCAGGUAGAAUUAUUAGAGAGGGAGGAAAGUGAAGCCAAGGGAUGGUCCGUAGAAGAUUCAUUUUCACCUUCAGCUCCAAUGUCAUCCUCACAGAUGAGCACUUUUUGUCAUCUAGAGUUCUGGGGAAGAUGGUUACGUUUCAAAGUCCAGACCAGAAUAUCAACCAGUUCCACCCAAGGUAAAAGGAUUGAGACUAAGAUGGACACAAAAUGUUGUUAGCCGUUACCUGACAGUGAGAAAAAUUUCUUGAGGACUAACUGAUGAAACAUGUAUAAGCAAUAUUUUUCUUUAACCACAAAUUACUGAUAUAGUAAAAAGAAUUGUAUUAAAUCUAGUGAUUAUGAUGACUGGGAUGAUGCAUUUAUAUCAUCCUCUUUGUGUGAUUGCAGUCUGCUUAAAACUCAGGUUGGUCACCAGUUUAACAGUCAGUUUCAGACUGGAGAGGCCAACUCAAACCUCACAGUGAUCUCAUUUAACUUGACUGAAUAUUAUACUCAUUUCAAAAAUGAAAACUUUGUGCCCCUUAAAGGACUGGAGCUCAUCUCUUGAUGCCACCUGCUGGUGUGACUGAGAAUUACUUUUGCCUAAACUAAAAUGGAACUAUACAUGAACAGAAAUGUAGUUUUUAGUUGGAUAUAUAAAUAAAAAACUGCUUCACAUUUAAUCAGAAAUAUGAGCCAAAAUUUAUCUCAAAUUUGUAAUUUAGACUAUUUUCAGAUUUUGGCCUAUUUGUUAAUGUUCAUUUUCUAAGAUGUUCAGUGAUGAUAGUAGCUUCAGGAGACAACAGUGGGUUCUUUUUACAUUGUUCCAGCAUUUGACAUAUAUUAGUCUCAACUUACUACAGUAGUUUUAAAGAGUAGAACUGCUUACUGAAUAUGUGAGAAAAUGUUAUCGCACCUUGGUCUUCAAAUGAGAUUGUUUUGUGUGUGUGUGUGUGUGUGCGUGUGUGUCUGAGUGUGUGUGUGUGUGUGUGUGUGUGUGUGUGUGUGUGUGUGUGUGUGUGUGUGUGUGUGUGUGUGUGUGUGUGUGUGUGUGUGUGUGUGUCAGACCUACUGCACCAUUAUACAAAGACCCAAAGUUAAAUGCAGACAUUGCACCUUUUUUGUCACUUAAGGCAGGCGUGUGUACAAAUGCAGAAUGAUAAGUUGUGUAGUUGUUGUCUGCUAGUCUGUUUAAUAGAAGAGACAGAGCCAAAAAGUCUUUCUAAAAUGCAAUAAAAACGUAUUGCUUAGUGCGCCUGUUUGUUAAACUGCUAGAUAUUCUGUAACAGCCAUAUAUUCUUUUAGUUUUUGGCCUCUUUGUUUUACCAUGUUAAGCCCUUUCGUUUAUUUUCUAAGUCUUUUGACCCCUGUUUUGGGCGCCUUUUAAGUCCAUGCAGCGCCUGACUAGACGACGCUGCUGGCAGCGACUCAGUCUUUCAUAAACAACACUACCUGUCCCACAGUCUCUGCCUGCCCUUGUGUCUUUGAGAAUGUGAAACUCUUCUCUGCUUUGAAGCUUAGUCUGACCCUCUGAGUCUGAUCAUUCACAAUAGCUCUGAUUCGAUUUAUUUGUUUGUAUAAAUGGGCUGAUAUAGACUGAUGUUUAAUCUGUUUAGACAAGGCUGGUUUCUUGUUUUGGAUCGAGCCACAGUCCACACCUGCAGAUGGAGUCUAAUCCAGCAUACACUAUACAGUAUGAGGGAAAGACCUGGAGUGAAAGGGAAAACAUCAAGGGAAAAACAAUUGGACUAAUUUGGAGAACCCUUGUUACCAAACAUUAAUGGUUACCAAAAAAGUAUCGUCAGUCCGAUUGUCUUUAUGGGGAAAAAAUGUUUAAUUGUGAAUGACAAAUGCCUACUCUCACUGUUUGCAGUAUCUUUCUGCUACAUUUCCUCUCUGUUAUGUGUGUUUGUCCUUCACUCCACGCUGCCAAACACGUCCCCCACUCCUGAGUUUGGUCCUUGUCUAUAUGUUUACAUCUCUGAUCUUACUACAUUUCAAUGCUUGUGUCAAGUCCAGGGCAAAGUUAAAGGACUGUAGGAGGUGCUGUCAGGAUCACACUGUCAUGAAAAAAAAAAA